AACAUGAACAACUGUAUUAAAGGGUCGCAGCAUCAGGACCCACUGCCUUAGAGUCUUUGAGGUCUCUGGGUCACCUUUCCACUUCUGAAAUUGAAAGAAUUGACUCAGCUACACUCAUGAGGCUAUUUGGGUCAGGCCUCACUGCCUUAUGGCCUUCUUUUGCCUGCCUACCCCCCCCCCCCCCCGCCUUCUCCACAACUCUACUAAAUAAAUGUUUGUAACACAUUAGGUCUCAAAUCCUUCCCUGAGUGUCAAACCUUUGGGUGUCAUACCCUACAGCAGAGAUCACCAUCCUGGUUGCUGCUGGAAGAUGGGGCCACAAGGCUAAACAUGACACAAGUAGAUGCCCCUGUCACUCCUGAGAUCAUGACAACCUCAUGAAGGGUACCCAUAUCUCCACUGAUAGAGGAAACCAAGGCCUGGAGAAGAGGACCUGUUGUCUGUGUGUAAUGUGUCCCAAUAUAGGGCUAAGUACUACACCUGGUUUGUCCAGAUCUGGCAACUACAACCUAGUCCCUAUGAGACUUAGAGGUAGGGCUUGGCAGAAGACACAGCCUUCCACCAUACUCUGACUUCCUCCUGCCUGUGAGGACAUGUUCCUCAUCAGUCAUUGGAACCUGCUUGCAGCCAGAGCCUGCUUCCCAGUCUAUAAACAUGGGGUGUGUGUCCUGGUGGCUGCAAGCUCAUGAGGAGGCGGCAAGCAAGCCGGCUGCACAGGUCCUGCGGCCUCAGGCCUCCUGGUUGCCCAACUGGUGGCUGGGGGCGGGCUAUGGCCUCUGAUUAAAGGCUGCCUGAAGCAGCCUGUGAAGAGACAGGUGCCCAGAAGCCCUGGAAGCCAACUGAAGCCUGUCCCAGGUAAGUGUGGUGGGGAUGGGUGGACAGUGCCAUGAGCCUGGAGGCAGGUAGAAGCCAACCUAAGGCAGUAUUUGUUUGGUAAAGAAAAGGUUGGGGAGACUAGGGUCCUCAUGCCAGAUUCCUCUGGUGCCUGCUACCCAAAGGUAGAAAGCAGAGCAUAAUGCCUGAGGCUCCCAGUCAAAGUGUCUCCACUAAGGGGUUGGGCCAAGGCACCAUUUGUGAACUAUACCUGCCUCCCUCCUUGAUGGGGACAGUGGCUAGAUCUGGGCCUAGCAGCAAAAGGGAAAGGGGCCUGGGCUAAAGUCUAGGCACAGCAGGCCUUUCUUUUGUGCCUGGUUGGGUGUUAGAACUAAGGUUAGCUGCAGAGAGACCUGGGGAAUAGAGGAAGAGGGAUGGACAGCAGUAACAGAUCCUGAUCACUUGAUUUUAGCUCCGAGGAGUCCCCUAAAAGUGUCUCUGGAUAUGAGCUUUAGAAAUUAUGCCUAGCACCAAAGGCCUCAUGAGGUGGGGUGCCGCAGCAGGAAGUGAGGCCCUGAGUGAUAGAGCUUUGACUUGAGGGGCCGUGGUCAAAAGGGCCUUUUGCUCCUGUUUCUUUAGCCCUUUGGCUUAUGCCACUUGUUCUGGCAGCUUUAGGCUUCACUGUUCCUGUGAGAACAUCAGCAUGUCUGAGCUGCCCCGGGCUGAGACCUUUGUAUUCCUGGACCUGGAAGCCACUGGGCUCCCAAACAUGGAUCCUGAGAUUGCAGAGAUAUCCCUUUUUGCUGUGCACCGCUCUUCCCUGGAGAACCCAGAGCGGGACGACUCUGGUGCUCUGGUGCUGCCCCGUGUGCUGGACAAGCUCACACUGUGCAUGUGCCCGGAGCGCCCCUUUACUGCCAAGGCCAGCGAGAUUACUGGUUUGAGCAGUGAAGGUCUGAUGCACUGCCGGAAGGCUGGUUUCAAUGGUGCUGUGGUGCGGACACUGCAGGGCUUCCUGAGCCGCCAGGAGGGCCCCAUCUGCCUUGUGGCCCACAAUGGCUUCGAUUAUGACUUCCCACUGCUUUGCACAGAGCUACAACGCCUGGGAGCCCAUCUGCCCCAAGACACUGUCUGCCUGGACACGCUGCCUGCGUUGCGGGGCCUGGACCAUGCUCACAGUCAUGGCACCAGAGCUCAAGGCCGCAAGAGCUACAGCCUGGCCAGUCUCUUCCACCGCUACUUCCAGGCUGAACCCACUGCUGCCCAUUCAGCAGAGGGUGAUGUACACACGCUGCUUCUGAUCUUCCUGCAUCGUGCUGCUGAGCUGCUUGCCUGGGCAGAUGAGCAGGCCUGCAGCUGGGCUCACAUUGAGCCCAUGUAUGUCCCACCUGAUGGUCCAAACCUUGAGGCCUGAAUGCCAGCGUUAUCUGUUCAUCCAGGCUCUGAGACAUGUUCUUGCUCUCUGCAGCACCUGCCAGGCCUUCCUCAGCUCUGGCCUACCUGGCCAUAGGAUCCUAGAGCCUUCUCUGUGCCCUACCUCCAGUUGGACACCCUUUGGCCAGCCUGGGCUCCUGAAGU